CGGGGCGCGCCGCGUCCCACCAAGCGAGCGAACGCAGCGGCUUCUUUCUGUGGUAGAGAAGCGAGGUUUUGUCAGUGAUUGCUGAUCUGUGGUGGACACGGCUGGAGAAAUCGUAUUGAGAUGGGGUUCAGGCUGCUUUUAGGAGUUGCCUGGUUAUGCGCGGUGUUGCCGGCUGGCUUGGUCGCUCAGGACUUGUCGGGUAACUUUGUGACCGAGUGCCGGGAUCGGUACUUCUGGAUGUCAACCAAUGGCAAGUUUGCCGGCGGUAACUUUCGCUUUGACGUCAUCGAUAGAAGCGGGGUUUACCCGCUGAAUGACAGCUACGCAGCGGCGUGCGGGUUUACGUAUUCCUUCAACCUUCCCGGAGACUUGAUCUUCAGAGCGUCGUUCUUGGCCUGUCACGUGGAGAGCGUGAAUGACGUCUCCUAUGCGCUCCAGUACCGCUUCGUGAGACUGGACUCUCUGGGCAGAGAGACGGUCUACCCCUUCUCCCUGUCCUGCAGCACGGAGAGCCCCUGGAACCCCCGUGAGAUCGUCUGUGAGGAUAACUACAUGGAGGUGUCUGUCAGGAAGAAUGUCCCGGUCAUCGCUCAGGAAGGACUGGAGAAGGAGGACUGGGAAGCGGCUCUCCAUAAUGCAGGGGGUCCCCAGGAUGGGCUCCCCCGAAUGGCUCUGGGUCUCAGCUGGCUUUUCGUUUGUGUUGCUCUGCAGGCCCAGGGAGCGGUGAUGUCCGAGUGGCAGGUGGUGUUCCACAAGACCGGGAUGCCCCCCAAAACCAUGACCGCAGCGGACGCCCGUACUGCAGGAUACCUCGUCAACUCCACGUCCAGCCGCGUCAUUUUCAGGUCGCCCUACAGCAUGCCCAUGUCCGAGGUGCUGCUGGUGUCGGGGAUCCCUGUGGAAGUCGUCAGAGCCACUGUGUUCUACAAGCAGAGGUGGAUGCUGCUAUUGGUGGACACUUCAGCUGCCUGCGCUAAGAACCCCUCUGUUUUCGAUGGCACCUACCUGAGCUGGGUCACCCCGAGGCUCAUCACCCCGCUGGUCUUGCAUCCCACCAAGUUCCUGGAUAAACGGAUCACAAUGGGGGUGGAGGGGAGGGGCCUGGAUGAGGUCGCUGCUACCAGCAGGGGGUACCAGCUGCUAGUCAACCGCACUGCAGUGGAAAUCCGCAUUCCCUUCGGAGCUGUGGGGGGGUAUCGCAAGAGUCAUGUGAUUGAUAACAAGUACAACCAGAUGUAUGAGAUUGACCUUUUCCUGGAGCACCAAUGGGCCGAUGACCUGUGGGAGGUGACCCAGCACCGCUCCUUCAAGCCAGCCCGCUCCCCCUACCUCCCUGAGACCCCUUAUGUGGUCAACAACACCGUCCCGAGUGAGAAGGGCUUCACGGUGACCCUUGGUAACUUCAAGCCGGACGUCGAGCUGAAGAACUUGACCCUCAACGGGGUUCCCCUGACCCUUCCUGAGGCCCAGAACAGAGGCGUGAAGAUCAGCGAGGUCCAGCAUCCCAACGGCACCAAGGACUUCGUCCUGAAGGUCCCCUUCAACAACCCGCUGGUCUCUGCAGAGUACAUUGGGGCUCUCAUCAGGAGGUACACCUUGAACAUCAACUACACCUUGAACAUUGUCCCCCAGAAUGAGUCGUAUUUUCACCCGGCUGCUAUUGUGUGCGAUGUGAAGGAUGUUAAUCUUCCUGAUGUCAAAGGCUUUUGUACGAACCGCAGCGUGGUUUUCGAAGUGACCCCGGGCAACAUGGACUCCAGCUGGGAGCUCUGCAUUGGGAGCCGCCCUCUACCCUACACCAUCGCUGAGCCCAAGAUCACCAUCGAGUUGCCACUCUUUAGCAUUGGCUACAUCUAUGAGGACAUCUCUCUGAGGGGCCUCACCGUUCGAGUGGAGCUGAACAUGAGGAACGUCAAGACCUUGCAGGUCGAGAAGCAGUUUGUGCAACGCUGCCCAAUCCCAACCAGGGAGCUGCUGGUGUGCUUUCCUAACGGAGUGGUGACGGUGGUGGCUGUGACCAUGGAGCCCAUACCAUUAGUGGAUCCCAGCAAGACCACCCUGCUGGACAAGACCUGCAAACCCAAAGAGUUUGACGCGACCAGGGCUCUCUUCACCUUUGGGGUGAACACCUGUGGGACCAGGAGCCAGAUUGUGGGUAACUACCUGAUCUACGAGAACGAGGUGCUGUAUACCAGAGCGCUGUUCCCACCCAAUGCUCCAGUCAUCACCAGGGACUCUGAAUACAGGCUGACGAUCCGCUGUCGUUACCCCCUCAACGACACCCUGACGCUGGCUGCUGAAAGGAAGGCGGUCCCUGCUCCAGCCCCCUACUCUGUGCGGGGGCUUGGGUCCCUGCACGUCCGGUCUUAUGACCCUAUGAGCAGAGCCAAGAGUCCCAGAGAUGUUCUGAAUCUGAAGGCUCGGCUAGCCAGGGAUGUGAGCUACUCCCAGUUCUACUCUGCAUUCCCUGUGUCCCAGUCUCUGCUGGAGCCAGUGUUUCUGCAGGUUGAGCUCCAGCAGCCUCAUAGCCAGACUGACCGCCUCAUCCUGCAGGACUGCUGGGCCACACUGACCCCUGAACUGGACUCCAGCCCUCAAUGGGACCUGGUCACUGACCGCUGCCUGGUCACUGGAGACUCGUACAGGACCCACUUCCACCCAGUGCCAGCCAGCACUCUCACCAGGAGCUCCCCCCAGCUCCAGAGGCUUGAGGUGCGGGCACAGCAGUCUAGCAAGGACUCUGCCUUCUGGAGACAGGUGUAUUUCCAUUGCAUGGCUGUGGUUUGUGAUCCCAACCUGGAGGAUACCUGCAAUAAGACUUGUGUGCCUGGAGCCCAGAGAUCUGCCCGUAGUGUGGAUCGAUACAGCCAGAUCAGAGGCUACAUUUCUGCUGGGCCGGUCCAAUUGGUACCAGAAGGACAAGUCUUGGACCUUCAAACAGCAGGUGACUCCCCCUUGGUUCCGGCGCUGGGCGUGGCGUCCUCUCUCCUCGGAGUUCUGCUCGUCAUUCUUGUUGCUGUCGGAUUAAGGAGAUGUUAAACUUGCUGUCUACCCCAAUAAAGAUUUUUGCAUCUCGA